AUGGUAGUGCUGCCGGAAGCUGGUCCGCACUGUCGUACGCCCAGCUGGGCAACGUUUGCGGUGCCAGACGCGGGGCAGUCGUGGCUAGCGAUUGUGGUCAUAAAAUCGAAUGGUCGUAAGUUUCAUAAGUCCUCUGAUGGGGUGUGGGCACUGAAGGGCCCGAGAGAGGUUGAGGGUGGGGAUCGGGUGGACCAGGGGGAGCUCCCUGUGUCACUGGGGCAACGAACUGUAGAUCUAGAGGAGCAAAGCUGGGAGGAGAAUCCAAGUGGACCCCAGUGGUGGCCAGGGCAUCUGACCCACUGCUUCCCCUACAGGGAGUUCAGGCACAAGACUAACAUCACCUUCAACGACAACGACACCGUGUCCUUUCUCGAGUACCGUACCUUCCAGUUCCAGCCCUCCAUGUCCCACGGCUCGGAGAGCGAUUACAUCGUCAUGCCCAACAUCCUGGUCCUGGGUGCGGCGGUGAUGAUGGAGGACAAGCCCAUGAGCCUGAAGUUCAUCAUGACCUUGGCGUUCAGCACCCUCGGCGAGCGUGCCUUCAUGAACCGUACUGUGGGGGAGAUCAUGUGGGGCUACAGCGACCCGCUCGUGAACCUCAUCAACAAGUACUUUCCCGGCACCUUCCCCUUCAAGGAUAAGUUCGGGUUAUUCGCUGAGCUCAACAACUCCAACUCUGGGCUCUUCACGGUGUUCACGGGGGUCCAGAACAUCAGCAGGAUCCACCUUGUGGACAAGUGGAACGGGCUGAGCAAGGUUGCCUUCUGGCACUCCGAUCAGUGCAACAUGAUCAAUGGAACUUCGGGGCAAAUGUGGCCGCCCUUCAUGACUCCUGAGUCCUCGCUGGAGUUCUACAGCCCCGAGGCCUGCCGGUCCAUGAAGCUCACCUACAAGGAGCCGGGGGAGUUUGAAGGUAUCCCCACCUACCGCUUCGUGGCUCCCAAAACCCUGUUCGCCAACGGGUCCACCUACCCACCUAAUGAAGGCUUCUGCCCUUGCCGAGAGUCUGGAAUUCAGAACGUCAGCACCUGCAGGUUCAGUGCCCCCUUGUUUCUCUCCCAUCCUCACUUCCUCUACGCCGACCCGGUCCUGGCCGAAGCAGUGACUGGCCUGCACCCUAACCAGGAGGCACACUCCUUGUUCCUGGACAUCCACCCGGUCACCGGAAUCCCCAUGAACUGCUCUGUGAAACUGCAGCUGAGCCUCUACAUGAAAUCCAUCAAAGGCAUUGGACAAACUGGGAAUAUUGAGCCUGUGGUCCUGCCGCUGCUCUGGUUUGCAGAGAGCGGGGCCAUGGAAGGGGACACACUGCACACGUUCUACACCCAGCUGGUGUUGGUGCCCAAGGUGAUGCACUAUGCCCAGUACGUGCUCCUGGCACUGGGCUGCAUCCUGCUGCUGGUCCCUGUCAUCUACCAAAUCCGGAGCCAAGCUCCUGAGGACACCGUGAGCCAGCCAGGCCUGGCCACUGGGCCCGACCGGCCCCCCAGCCCCUACACCCCGCUUCUCCUAGACUCUCCCAGCGGACAGCCUCCCAGCCCCACAGCCUGAGCUUCCCCGCGGCCCGCGCCUGUUGGACCCCCGAACACAUGCCCUGGCACAUGCACACACGUGCGUGCAGGCAUGUGCAGACACACUCAGGGACGGAGCUGCCACUGAAAGGACUUGCAGGGAGGGGUGCGUCGACAAGCACUGUUCUGGAACCUUCUCUCCAUGUGGCCCACAGGCCUAACCACAGGGGCUGUGGGCGCUGCGUCCCCUUCUUUGGGUGAGCCUGGCCUGUCCCGUUCAACCACUGGGCCCAGGCUUCCUUCCCUUCAGGGAAGGAACACCGCCGCCGCGGUGUGCUGACUCCCCACGCAGGUGGGCCAGGCUGGGAGUGCUGGCUUCCUGUGCCAAAUUCAGUGGGACUCAGGCCCUGGCCAAAUUCAGCACUCAGGCCCUGGCCAGGAGCUUUGGCCUUGGUCCACCUGCCAGGCCAGGUGAAGCACCUUCACACAGGCCUCAGAAAACAACAGGGUGAGCACAAGAUGCCCCGCGCAGCUGCCCAGGGGUCCCCACCCACCCUGGCCAGACUUCAGUCUCCCCAAGGUCUGCACAGGCACGGCAUCGGGUGUCUGGCAUCCUCUUCCUCCAGCCUAAACUGACAUCAUCCUAUGGACUAAGCUGACCACUCCGUGGCCGAAGUGGCAGUGGGCUGUGCCCCUGAGAUGCCCCCACCCCAGCAAAGGGUCCCUCAGAUUUCAGGUGCCCAGGUUGACAUGGAGAUGCUGGGGGCCGUGCCUGCCAGGCGCUCCUGGACCCUGGGGGAAGCUUGUGACCCUUUCCUACUGGAAGAGAAAUGAGUUUUAUCAUCUUUGAAAAAUAAUUCACUAUUGAAGUAAUAAACCUUAAAAAAAACUGGA